AUGUUUUUCAAUUUUUUCUUUCUAAUAUUAUCUCUUAACAUCUUUUUAUGGUCAAUAAAUGCUAAUGGUGAUGAAUGUGAAUUUUUAAAUAUGUGUAAAUGCACAAAUUUUCCCCUUUUUGCAUUAAUUGAUACGAAUUAUUUAUCUAAACCACGAUCAUUAUUAAAUCAAGAUUUAUUUUGUACAUAUUCAAGUGAUUAUAUAAAUGAAACAAAAUUAACAACAUUUGAUCAAUUCAAAUAUUUUUAUUAUCGUUUUCGUACAUUAACAUUUGCAAAUUAUCCAUCUAUACCAACAAAAGCAUUUCGUUUUAUUCAUUUUGAAAGUCAAACUGUUAAAAAAACUCAUAAAACAAAUAAUCGUAAUGUUAUUGCAUUUGUUAAUAUUCAACAAACUCAAACAGGUAUAUUUGAAGAAUUAAGUCUAUCAGAUUCUCAGGAACAACUUAUUAUAUCAUUUCUUAAUUCACCACUAUUAAUCUAUGCGAAUGGUGCUCUUUCAAAAUUGAAUUGUUAUCAAUUAAAAUUAUAUAAUACAAAUCCAAAAAUUCCAAUAGAUUUUUUUAAUAAUACUCUUUUUAUUCAUCAUUUAAUUAUUGAUAAUCCUUCAUUUAUUGGUUUUAUUCCAUCAUCAAAUACAUUUAUUUUUCAACUUUAUCAACUUUCAAUAAAAGAUAUUAGUGUUCGUCAUUUACAAGGAAAACAUUUUCCUAUUAUAUUUAAUUCAGUUAAAGAAUUAAAACUUGAAAAUUAUUAUGUCAAUGGUGGUUUUCGAUCAUUUAAUAAUCGAGAAUUAGCUCAACGAUUUCCUCAAUUAGAGUUUCUUCGAAUAUUAUGUUAUUAG